AUGGAUGUACUGACUCUCGGCUCGGUACCAAGCGGCUCGCCGCCGGCCAUGGCGGACGCCGGCGACGGAAAUCUGCUGGUAGGCCAGUUUAGGCUGGAAAGUUCAUCGGCACUUCUCGCCUUCAUCACAACAAGAAUAAUCAUGGCGGGCAAGUCGAAUAAGGGGAGGAAUCGUAAAGUGUCCCAGAAAGGUGCCGUGAAUUCUUCUGAGCAGGCCAUCUCUACUGAUGCACCCUUGAAUGAUAGUUUGAAAACUGCUCAGGCCAAUGAAAAUGGAAGCUCAGAAGCGUCAAGUGACACAAAGGCUGAAGUGCAAGACAAGGAAAACUCGUCUGACCAGCACCCAAGCAAACAAGGUGAUGCUCAUCUUUAUCCGGUUUCUGUGAAGACACUAGGGGGAGAGAAGCUUGAUCUCCAAUUGAGUCCUGGAGAUUCUGUAAUGGAUGUACGGCAGUUUCUUCUUGAUGCACCGGAGACAUGUUUUUUUACGUGCUAUGAUCUGUUACUUCAUUCAAAGGACGGUUCUAUUCAUCAUCUAGAAGACUACAAUGAUAUAUCUGAAGUUGCUGAUAUCACCAGUGGUUGUUGCUCGUUGGAGAUGGUUGCUGCAUUAUAUGAUGAUCGAUCAAUUAGGGUUCAUGUUCACCGAACAAGAGAGUUGCUAUCUUCUUCAACAAUGCAUUCAUCGUUGUCCACCAUGCUCGCAUUACAACAUGAAACGGGGAAAAAUGCAUCUGCAAAUUCAGAAGAUGCUGUGAAAGUUGAAGUGCCAGAACUUGAUAAAAUGGGAUUUAUGGGGAAUGGCUCAGUUUCUAAUUUACUGCCAUCAUCUUCCAAAGAGAUUAAGUGUGUUGAAAGCAUAGUUUUUUCUUCAUUCAAUCCUCCUCCAAGCCACAGAAGGCUUUUUGGAGACUUAAUUUAUUUGGAUUUGGUGACGUUGGAGGGAAAUAAGUAUUGCAUUACAGGAACGACUAAAGAUUUCUACAUUAACUCAAGCACAGGCAACAUUCUUGAUCCAAGGCCAAUUAAAAAUUCUUUAGAAGCAACAUCCCUUGUUGGACUUCUGCAAAAGAUUAGCCCCAAGUUCAAGAAAGCUUUUCGUGAAAUAUUGCUGCUCAAGGCCCAUGCACAUCCCUUAGAAAACGUCCAAUCGGUGUUGCCUCCAAAUUCAUGGCUGGGCUUGUAUCCUGUUCCUGAUCAUAAACGUGAUGCAGCAAGAGCAGAAAAUUCAUUGACUCUUUCCUUUGGAAGUGAACUUAUUGGCAUGCAGAGAGAUUGGAACGAGGAGUUACAGUCGUGUCGUGAGUUCCCUCAGACCACACAUCAGGAAAGGAUCAUUAAAGAUAGGGCACUAUACAAGGUCACUUCUGAUUUUGUUGAAGCUGCAACUAGUGGUGCUAUUGGAGUGAUAAGCAGAUGUAUUCCUCCUAUUAAUCCAACUGAUCCCGAGUGUUUUCAUAUGUAUGUCCACAACAACAUAUUCUUUAGUUUUGCUGUUGAUGCCGACCUUGAGCAAUUGUCGCGAAAGCAGACAGAAGUCAACUCUGAACUCCAGACCACAUCUUCGUUGCGAGGUGAUUCCAAAACUUUGGAGAACAAAGUGCCGCUUGUUGAUAGCAAUCUGCCACGUGUGGGUGAAUCAGCUAUUACAAACAUGGAACACACUAGUGGCGCUGAGGCAAUUUCCCCCGACAUGCCUGCAGAGUCUCAGCUGGCAGAAAGCGAGCAAGCUACAUAUGCAAGUGCUAAUAAUGAUUUGAAAGGCACCAAGGCAUACCAAGAAGCAGAUGUUCCUGGCUUAUACAAUCUUGCUAUGGCCAUAAUUGAUUAUAGAGGUCACCGAGUUGUUGCGCAGAGUGUGUUGCCUGGAAUCCUCCAAGGUGAUAAAUCAGACUCCCUUCUAUAUGGAUCUGUUGACAAUGGCAAGAAAAUUUGCUGGAGUGAAGAUUUUCAUUCCAAGGUAUUAGAAGCUGCUAAACGUCUUCAUCUGAAGGAGCACACUGUACUUGAUGGUGCUGGCAAUGUAGUGAAACUAGCUGCACCAGUUGAGUGCAAGGGCAUUGUUGGUAGCGAUGACAGACAUUAUCUUUUGGAUUUGAUGAGAGUCACUCCUCGUGAUGCAAACUAUACUGGACCAGGUUCCAGAUUUUGCAUUUUGAGACCUGAACUAAUAUCUGCCUAUUGCAAUGCUGAAGCUGCGAAGAUGACUAAAUGCGGGAGUGAUCUGAAGCAGGAGAAUUCUGUUUCUGAUUCUUUGAAUGUCAGCAAUGUUGGAGAAGUGGAAAAAGCUGAGGAGCCUGCUGCAUUAACAACAAAAUGUGAUUCUCAAUUUAGCAUGAAAGACUCAAGCAAAGAGAGAUUUUUCAAUCCAAACGUUUUCACUGAAUUUAAGCUAGCCGGGAGUCAAGAGGAAAUUUCUGCGGAUGAGGAAGAUGUGCGGAAAGCAAGUCUGUACCUUAAAGAUGUUGUAUUGCCUAAAUUUGUGCAAGAUUUGUGCGCCCUUGACGUUUCACCAAUGGAUGGACAAACCUUAACUGAAGCACUCCAUGCCCAUGGCAUUAACGUUCGAUAUGUUGGAAAAGUUGCUGCUGGGGCCAGACAUAUGCCUCACUUAUGGGAUCUUUGUUGCAAUGAAAUUGUUGUUCGAUCUGCUAAGCAUGUUGUUAAGGACAUCUUAAGGGAUACUGAGGACCAUGAUCUGGUGUUCGCAAUUUCACAUUUUUUCAACUGUUUCGUGGGAAAAGUUCAAGCUGUUUCUGGAACAGGCAUUACAAACAGUUCACCAUCGAAAUCCCCGAAAAAGGCACAUUCAGGACAUCGUGCUUCUGGAAAGUCUCCGAAGGGACUCGCGAAGUUGAAAAAUGGAGGAUAUUUGAGGAAGAAAGAGUCUGUUUAUUUGAGUAUCACCACCGAUAGUUUGUGGUCUGACAUCCAAGAAUUUGCAAAACUCAAAUACCAGUUUGAGUUGCCAGAAGAUGCCAGGCAGCGGGUGAAAAAAAUCUCAGUUAUUCGGAAUCUUUGCCAGAAGGUAGCUGGAAUCACCAUCGCUGCUCGCCAUUAUGAUUUUGAUGCUUCGACACCUUUUGAAAUUUCGGACAUAUUGAACAUCCAACCAGUAGUGAAGCAUUCAAUUCCAGUCUGUUCAGAAGCCAAGGAUCUGGUUGAAACUGGGAAAGUUCAACUAGCAGAGGGAAUGCUCAAUGAGGCAUACACACUAUUUUCUCAAGCUUUCGCAUUAUUCCAGCAGGUCACUGGUCCAAUACAUCGGGAGGUCGCAAAUUGUUGCCGUUACUUGGCAAUGGUCUUGUACAAUGCUGGAGAUAUGGCUGGAGCCAUUAUGCAACAACAUAAGGAACUAAUCAUAAAUGAAAGGUGUCUUGGCCUAGACCACCCCGAUACUGCGCACAGCUAUGGGAACAUGGCACUGUUCUAUCACAGUUUAAACCAGACUGAGCUGGCAUUGCAGCACAUGUCACGUGCUCUGCUGCUCCUAAAUCUUUCGUGUGGGCCCGAUCACCCUGAUGUUGCCUCUACUUUUAUAAACGUUGCCAUGAUGUAUCAAGAUAUCAAAAAGAUGGACACAGCACUUAGAUAUUUGCAGGAAGCCUUGAAAAAAAAUGAAAGACUGUUAGGGGAAGAUCAUAUUCAAACAGCCGUGUGUUUUCAUGCUUUGGCUAUCGCUUUCAACUGUAUGGGUGCUUACAAGCUAUCUCACCAGCACGAGAAGAAAACAUAUGAUAUUCUUGUGAAACAACUGGGGGAGCAUCAUUCAAGGACAAAGGAAUCUCAGAACUGGAUGCAGACAUUCAAGAUCAAAGAGAAUAAUGCACAAAAGCAAAAAGGUGAGAUUUUGAAAGCUGUUUCCGCACAAAAGGCGUUUGAGGAGAUACUUAAGGCAAAUCCGGACCUGUUACAAGCAGUUGAAGCUGCCACUGUUGCCAACAAGGCAAGCAGCUCCAAAUCGUCCGUACUGAAAGCCAAUGACAACAGGGGAGCGUUGGCCGCGGAAUUAGCCCGGAAAAAGCUGAAUGCAAAGGAUCUCUUGAAAACGCCUACCGCAAUUAACCAGCUAAUCGACUUCAUAAACUCAGGGGUGCCUGAUUCAAAGAAGGAAAGCGAGGGCAGUGCUUUUGACUCAGGGGUCAAGUCAAAAGUAGACGGGCAGAAGCCUGGUCCAGUGGGGCUGGGGCCCGGGUUGGCUUCUUUGGAUGCCAAGAAGCACAAGGUGAAAGGCAAAGGCAGUGUGUCUUCUUGA